AUGGUCUCGCUCAGGCUGUGCUCAGCAGUGACUGGCAGACAUGAUGCUACCUCCAUUUCCAGCAGUGCUGAGACUCUGCGAUCUGAACUGGAAAGUGAGCAAGCGACACUGCAGGGUGAACUCAGUUGGGAGAAAGCCCGACAAUAUGCAGUGGACGUGACUCUGGAUCCCAACAUGGCGAAUCCCCACCUUGUCCUGUCUGAGGAUCGGAAACGUGUGAGAUACGGAGACAAACGCCAGGAUCUGCCCAACAACCCUGAGAGAUUUGAUUGUAGUGCCUGUGUCCUGGGCACUGAGGGGUUCACGGGCGGGCGGCGUUACUGGGAGGUGGAGGUGGGAGACAAGCCUGGCUGGGACCUGGGGGUUUGUAGGGAAUCUGGGAGCAGGAAGGGUCAGGUCACAUACACACCUGGGAAUGGAUACUGGACCGUGCGGCUGUGGAAUGGGAAAUACGAGGCCUGCACCUACCACAGGACCCCCCUCCCUGUGAGCGUCAGGCCCUGGUGGGUGGGGAUUUUCCUGGACUAUGAGGCGGGCGAGGUCUCAUUUUACAAUGUGAUUGACAGGUCCCAUCUCUUCACUUUCACCGACACCUUCUCCGGGACACUCCACCCUUGUUUCCACCCUGGUGUCAAUGCUCUGGGUAAAAACGCGGCUCCCCUGAUAAUCUGCCCAGUCCCAGCUCAGGCUGGUCCCCCGCGGCACAGACUGGCCCCUCCCAGCGCUGCGGCUCUUCCUGCCCCCCUGUAA